CAAAUACGACAUUUCCUUAUGGGAAAAGAGACGACCAUAAAGAAAGGAGUUGACCAAGCGGAAAAAGAAGAAAGGAGGAGGAGAAGAACAGAGAAAGAAACGAGGGGGUGGAGCACAAACCGGUAUAAUCAAAAGAUUAUUGAAGAAAUCACUAAAGCUGGUAUAGGAAAAAUGAGACAAGCAAGUUCAUCAUCAAGUUCAGCAAAAAAUUUUGUUGGGAUGAGUUCACGUUUGGUGGAAAUGAGUAUGCAUUUAGAUAUGGCGAAAUCUGGUGAUGUUCUCUUUGUAGGGAUUUGUGGAAUGGCAGGUAUUGGUAAAACAACUAUUGCUAGACUUGUCUAUGAGCAACUAUCCUCUCAAUUUGAAGGUAGCAGCUUUCUUGCAAAUGUUAGAGAAGUUGGGGAGAAGUAUGGUUUGGUUCCUUUACAAAAACAGCUGCUUACUGAAAUUUUAAUUGAUAGGGACAUAUCUAUUUGGGAUGCUCAUAGUGGAGCUGAUGAGGUCAGAAGUGGGCUACAUGGGAAAAAAGUUCUAGUAGUUCUGGAUGAUGUCUGCCACUUGGACCAGUUAAAAUUAUUAGCUGGUAUGCAUGAUUGGUUUGGGAAUGGAAGUAGGGUAAUUAUCACAAGUAGAGAUGAAAAUUUGUUGAAAUGCCAUGGAGUAGAUAAGAUAUAUAGGGUUGAGGGAUUAAAUCAUGAUGAAGCCCUUAAUCUCUUUUGUUUGAAAGCCUUUAGAUGUGAUAAUCCCGUAGAUGAUUAUGUGGAGCUGUCCAAUCAAUUUGUGAACUAUUGUAAUGGUCUUCCAUUAGCUCUUGAUGUCCUUGGUUCCUUUAUGUUCGGUAAAUCUGUAAAUGAGUGGAGAAGUGCAUUGGAUAGAUUGAAAGAAGUUCCUAAUCAACAAAUUUUGGAUAAACUUUAUAUAAGUUUUAAUGGGUUAGAGGAAAAUGAGAAGAAAAUAUUCUUAGAUAUUGCUUGUUUUUUCAAUGGAGAGGAUAAAGAUUAUGUGAUGAAAGUACUGGAAUGUUGUGGUUUCUAUCCUGAUGUUGGAAUAAGAGUUCUCAUUAACAAAUCUCUCAUAACCAUUUCAAGAGAGAGAAUAUGGAUGCAUGAUUUACUUCAAGAAAUGGGUCAAGAAAUUGUUCGCCAAGAAUCAAUUGAAGAACCUGGAAAAAGAAGUAGACUGUGGCUUUAUAAGGAUGUCUAUCAUGUUCUAUCAAAUGAUAAGGGAACAGAACAGAUAGAAGGCAUAGUUCUAGAAUGCAAAGAAGAAGAGGAGCCACUAAGUGCUAAAGCUUUCAUGAAGAUGGAAAGGCUAAGAUUGCUCAAACUUCGAAAUUUGCGCCUUUCGCAGAGCCUUCAGUAUCUCUCAAAUAAAUUAAGAUACCUUGAAUGGGAUGGAUAUCCUUUCAAAUAUUUUCCAUCAACAUUCCAGCCAGAUAAACUCAUUGAGCUCCAUAUGCGUUGUGGUAACAUGGAAAAAUUGUGGGAAGGAAUCAAACCACUCAAGAUGUUGAAGGUCAUUGAUCUAAGUUUUUCUGUUAACUUAAUGAAGACCAUAGACUUCAAGGAGGCCCCAUAUCUUGAAAAGUUGCAUCUUCAAGGUUGCACAAGACUGAUCGAGGUUCACCCGUCCAUUGGAGACCUUAAAAGGCUUGGUUUACUUAACUUGAAGGACUGCAAAAGCCUUACAAGGCUCCCUGAAAGCAUAUGCGAACUAAAGUCCCUUAAGUUUCUUAAUUUAAAUGGCUGCUCAAAACUUGAGAAAUUGCCAGAAAGGUUGAGAGAGAUGACAUGCUUGGAGAAGCUUAAUUUAGGCGGAAUUACUACCAGACAACUUGCAUCCUCUAGACUCUGGGAUUUUUUUCUACUUUCAAGGUUUUUGCCGAGGAAGGAUACAAAUCCACUGGUUGUGAUGUUGCCUUCUCUGUUACUCUUACCAUCAUUGAGAUCAUUAGAUUUAAGUUACUGCAAUCUGGUAGAAGGAGCACUUCCCAAUGAUCUGGGCUGCUUCCCAUCAUUGAGAACACUUAAUCUUAGUGGAAACGAUUUUGUUAGCAUCCCUUCAAGCAUUAGCCAACUUUCUAAUCUUGAAGAUUUCCGAUUUGCUAAUUGCAAGAGGCUUCAAUCAUUUCCAAAUCUUCCAUCAAGCAUUUUAUAUCUUAGUAUGGAUGGCUGCACUGCCGUAGAAACUUUGGCACCUAGAAAUAUCAGUAGACAAUUUGAACUUGAAAAUCUUUGCUCGGUGGCUUGCGAGAGGCUUCAGUCAAUGCCAGAUCUUUCAUCAUGUAUUUUAUAUCUAAUUGUGGAUGGAUUAACUGCGCAGGAAACCAUUCCAAAUCCAUUUGGAACACGCAUUACAAGACCUUCAUCUCUGACUUUCUUGAAUUACUUAAAAUUAAUCGAGGUUCAGUGUGAAAACAUUAUGCCAUUUGCAAGGCUGACAAGUUAUCUGCACUACUUGCUAAGGCAUAGCUCUCAGGGGCUUUUUAAUCCAAUCUCCCACAUAUCCAUAUGUUUAGUGGGAAGUGAAAUACCUGGUUGGUUCAACUACCAGUCCCCAGGAGCUUCAUUAGAAAUGCAGUUGCCUCCAUAUUGGGGGACUAACAAGUGGAUGGGAUUUGCUUUUUGCAUAGUGUUUGAAUUCCUUGGGCCUUUGUCAGAUUCUUCAACUAUCAUCUGUGAUUUGAAAGCAUGCAUUGCUCCUGAUGAAGAUCUAUUUCUAGGUCGCUCUACCGUGCAAAUCUCUAAGGAAAUGAGCAUUACAUUAGAUCAACUUUGGUUCAAUUACAUACCACGUAGCUCUUUAACUUGUCUGGAUAUGUGGGAAUCUUGUAAUCACCUUAAGGUUACAUUUUCCUCAGACCAGUUGAGGGUGAAGCAUUGUGGAUUCCGUGCAAUAUAUGGUAAGGAUGUUGAUGAGUUGGUUUUGUGUAGCAACCCUUUUGAGAUUUCGGGUCUCCCUUGUAAUCAUAAUGUUGAAAGUAAGAGAAGCAGUAGAGAGGAAUCCAAUGAAAGUGGCAACUUGACCAAUAGCUUUUCUUCCAAGAGACUAAGAAUGAUUGUGGAUUCUGAUACUGAAACUCAGGGGCAGAAAGGACUUGAAGAAUAAGAAGUGUAAGUUCUGUUCUCUUUUUCCCUCUCUCUCUCUGUUUUUGUUUUUUGGAAAUGUCAUGAUGAGCUGAACAAUUAUUGUAUUGUUACACUGAAAAGGACAGGAUCUUUUAGUCUAUUGCUUAUCUGUUUCAUGAAAACAUGGAGCAAUUUGACUUAACAUGUAUGACUUCAUUCUAGAGCA